AUGACAAAUCAGGAUGUGUUGCUCUUCGUAGGACAGCCCUCGGCCUUGGCAGAGCUCGUACUUGCACCUCCCCAUGCAGGCCCUCAUUGGCUACAGAGACGACUGCUCAUCCUCCUCAUCGGAUGCGCCGGCCUACUGUGGCUCUCUUCGAGCAUUGCGCGCGACGAGCCGGCUACAAGAAGCUUGACAGACGCAGCAUUAGACUAUGCGCCUGGCCCGCUGUCACAGACUGCAGUCCAAGAGGCCAACGAGAAGCAGCUGGUGGAAAGAAUCACAAGAACACACUCAGCUUACGAGCCAGCUGAUUUCGUCGAGGAGACCGACGACGAGUCGCUCAAGGUCGACGUGGAGGAUGUGUUCGACUCAGUGUACAGGACGAGGCCCAUUGGCGUGACGGCAAUCAUUCUGGCCUGGAAGCGGAGACGGGGAUUGCAACUAGUCGUACAGCACCUUUCUCGCUAUCCCUUCAUCAGAGAGAUCAUCGUAUGGAACAACAACGCGCUAGUCCAUCUCUCGCGGGAUAAUUUCAAUCUCUUGCCACCUUACAACGAGACUGUCUUGCUCCAUCCCAAGCUGAGAAUAGUCAACUCGCCUUCCAAUCUGCACGACUUUGCAAAGCACCUCGCUUGCAGCUUGGCAUCCUAUGAGACAUGCUAUUUCAACGACGAUGACUGGCUCAACCCAUACCUCGACGCGCUCUACACCAAGUACAUCGACCAAGGCGGCGAGGGAGCGCGUAGGAUAGUUGGCAAUACGCUGCCCUGGAUUGCCUGGGAGCACAGACGAUGGCGUUUCGAGAAUCCAGAGAUCGACAUGACUGCCGGCUUCAUCUGGCUUGGAACAGGCUCUCUUGCGCCGAGGCAACUUUCCCAGCGCUUUGUCGAUCAGAUGGGCACUCGGCCGAUCCAGAUGGACAGAGACAGUGUACUUCUUGCUGAUAUGUAUUUUGGUCUGUGGACGAAUACCUAUCCGGAGCAGAUGUCCAAUCCGCUCGAGCCCAUCGACGUCGAAGGCGGCGAAGUGGGCUGGAGCAGAGGAUCGGAAGUAGACCAGUGGACGGUCGUCUACGCCAACAUUCUCGAUGCACUCAGGAAGCUCUACACUGUCUUGCGAAAGCAAGGUCCCUUGACGAUCCCAUACCCAUUUGCGCUCACCAAUCGCAUGCCCGAACACGACGCACGUUCGCCUUGUAAGUCAGACCGUUGUUUGUUCAUCACCUCUUUCUCGCCCUUUCCAUCUCCUAAUCUCAUUCGCUACCCUGUCAAAGCACAAGCCGAGCCUGCAGGCGAGUGGACGGAUCGAUUUCGCAAGCGCGUAGCAGAUAGCGCUUCUUCCAUCCCGUCGAGUGCCUUCUUCGACCCCCAUCAGAUUUCGCACAUUCACGAACACGAGGAGCGCUUCAGCACGCUCCAUGCGACUAACGACUCGGCAAAUCCGCUCUGGCCUACAGUCGACUACUGGAUCUCCCAAGGCUCGUGGCACCUUGCAGUAGAUGGUGAUCCGAGCACUUGCUGGACAAGUUCUCGACCUCCGAUCGAGGGAGAUUACAUUGGUCUCUUGCUCGUCAAGCCCACCAAUAUCUCCGCCAUCAAGCUUAUCGCAAGUGAUAACCUCGCCCAAGUGACUGCACGCGCAGGCUCGGCAUGGAGACUACAAACGCAAUCAGACCUAGGUCUGGCCUAUGACGAGCGCGAGCUUCUUGAUGUGUCGACAGCGCCUUUGGCAGAUUCAGAGGGCAGGAGCAACCUCACGCUAACAUUAGCGGCAAGUCACGAUGCAGAGACUGACAUUGCGCGCAAGAUCCGCCUGGUUGCGCGGACGAGUUUCGAUAAGCCUAUCACGGUGUGCAGCAUGGACAUCAAUGGUACGCAAGAGUGA